CGAUGGUAAGCAUUGUUUGCGUAUUGAAGACAUCACUGAAUUGAUCGCAAAGUGAGUGACAGAUAAGACAUUUGGAGGACAAUGUCCGGCGAGAGUCCUCAACACCAGAACCCUAUUCUCAACGAAUUGAAGAACUUUUUGCAAUUCGUUUGCGAAGAGAAGAGCUGUUCCGUCGAAUCGGUUCUCAACUCAAGUCUAACUCUUGUGACGGGAUGUCCGUCCAGUCGGGAAGCGGUCCUCCAGUUCUACUCUCAGCUCUUCGAUGAAUAUUGUGCUGAAUAUUGUGUCUUGAAUUCAGUGAAUGGGUUGCCAUCGAGUGACAGAUCAGUUGAUGGCCAAAGAGUUGGACCCAUUAUCUCGCGAUUCAUUUCGGCCCAAAAGAGCUCAACGAAUGGUACUCUGAAUGCCAACGAUUUGGUGAACAUCCGGAAGGUUUCCACUGAUUCCAGGCGACAGUCCAUGGAUUGCAGUGAAGAGUCGAAGGCGAGCGCGAGUCUGGACUGUCCUCAGAGUCCAACGGCUGUCACGUCUGCGCCGAUGGAGUCGUUGAGUGACACGAAGACCGACCACAACAACGAGUUGAAUGAAGUGAUGAUUGGACUCGACUUCCAGUUUAUAAGAGUCAGCGAAUCGUUACUCACUUUAAUUGAAAGCGAAUCCAACUCUUCAUUCGCCAAAUCCAUAACCGAUUGGGCGCUCGAAUUGGCCGCGAAGUUGAGCGCAAAAUACGGCGGAUUCGGUCAAAACGUGUCCAACACUUCCCCACAGACUUCCGGUCAGACGGACCCCAAUGUGUCGUUGAGUUCUUCGUUGGCCUUUUGGAUGCAAUGCCCGGCAAUGCAGGCGCUCACAAACCUUACCAUCAGAAGCAAUACCAUAGAACUGGAAGGUCUGGUCAAACAAAUGCUUCAAUACUCACCGCAUUGUGAUUGGAUUCUCGCACAUCUCAUCACAACGAUGUCCAACAACUCCCGGUUCACCUCAUAUAUCGAGCAACUCAUUCAAAACGCCACGUCUUCGCCAUCCGUCACAUGUAUUCUCUCGUAUUUGUCUGAACACAACCCCAGAGCUAUCGUCGCGUCCUCCAAGUCUAACAUUCCGUUUCUCCUGAAGUUAAGCACAAACUCUAAGCCACUGUUAGACCUGUUGGUCGCAGAGGCCACCAAACAAUAUAAUAUAAAAGCAUUGAAUGAGUUGGUGGUGACGACCAAAGCCGAAGACCUCAACGAUAACAUCAUAUAUUGCAUUACAAACGCUGCAAAUGCUUUCGAUUUGUUGAGAAUUGCAUUCGACAUAUCAGUGCACACGGAGGCCAGUGAUGAGCUCAAGAGCCGCACUUUAGCCAUAUUGUCGGCCAUUAUAUCACACAUCCAUUCGUUCGUCUACGGGUCAAAUCAGACGCUGACAAACAGUCCGCCGAUUCUCGAUCUACUGAAGAGCAAUGUGUGCGGACUUGUCGUCCAUUCCGUGAAGACAACGAACCCAUCCCUAAGACGCCUUCAGUUACGACUUUUGCAUUUACUUUGUCUCCAUUACAGCACAGAAUUUGUGACCGAAAUGUUUCAUUACAUUCUGUCCACACAUUUGCAUAAUAUUAACACAAAUUCAUUCAAGAAUCCAGUUUCCAAUCCACUGUUAUCUCCAUUAAUGAAAUCAUUGAAACUUCAAUUCGGAACUCAAAUGCAUAGCUGUUUGAGUGAUACUCUGCGCCUACCCUUUGAAAAGAGUGUCAACUAUUGGGCUCACCUUUUGGCUGCUGUGGAGGCCGAGUCCAACAAUUGUCUGGACAGCGAACUCGACGUCUAUAUGGAAACACUGAUCACAUGCCAGAAGUCGAUGACUAUUUUAGCCAAAUGUUAUGACAUUAACCAACACAUCCUCUCACGAACUCUGCUUGAAUUAAGUCUUGAAAAGAAUCAUCUGUUUUGCAAAACUCCGAACAAAAAUCAGUUAAAAUCAAAGAUCUCUUCGUUUGCGGCAAUAAAUCUGAUGAAAGAGAACUGUUCCUACGAUUUGGGUAAUUCUAAGUCCAGGAAAAUACCACUCAUUUCCAACAAACCAGACAUCGAUUUCAAUCAUUUGAAUUCAAAUGAAGAGACUUUAAUAGUGAACCAACAGUUAGUUUUAGACGCUUUUCGGUGUUGUGUCAAAAAGAAAGAUAUGACAUCAUUUGCCAAACUUUUGGUUCAAUGCGUUUCACCCGAUCUUCUAUUCAAUGAGAACCUGUGGGGCGACGAAGACCCCAGAGAUGGACAGCUUCAGAGUCUUCGGAUUACAAUAGAGAGAGAUCUGUUUAUUUGGCGCGCCUUUAACGCCAACCCUUUGCUCUGGGAUUUAUGUGAACUCAUUGGUAAAGCCGAGUGUUUGAAUCACUGUCUGGUAUUAAUCCGGGCCCUCAUGACUGUCCAGCGAACUCAUUGGGCAUCCACUUCGUUGACCAAAGAAAAUAUUUUCGAAACUCAACGACUGUUGACUCUGUUGUCGAGUACAGGUAUUCUUCCGGCCGAACCGUUCAGUCAUGUGGCGGCUGUGUUGUCACAAUUGCAGGCCUGGGAGGUGUCCUGUAUUCUCAAUGAUAUCUGUAAAUACCUUAAAGACUCGACUUUGGGUCAAUUGGAUGCUUGA